GCAUAGGUUUGAAUGUUAUUUCCGAAUCUCUCCUUUAACAUGUUUGAAGGGGACACUGUUUUACUUAAAACGUGAAUUAACGUCUUAAAUCGUGUUAAAAGUGAGCAUGUACAUACAUGCGAUUGUGUAGUUUAUUAGCUAAUUGGCUUUCAUGGAGAGUACUUGAUCUUUAGCAUUUUUCCAGAGUAAAGAAAAGCACAGAGAAUACAUGCAGUAAAUGCCUGAUCUUAAGUAUUGAAUUACUUAAUGUUAUGAUACAUAUUGCAGAUGCAAAGUGAGGAGUUCCCAGGAGAAGACGAGCAUAGUAUUGCCAAACACUUGGACUCCAUAAGAAAAGAAAUAACGAAACUGAGGCCGAACAUUGAAGCCAUAUGUGACAGCAUGAAUAGAACUGUACACACUCGGGAAAGAAUGAUGGAGAAGAAGUCCACUGAAGAAGUUCUUGGUCUGUUUCCAUUCCUAAAGCAUCCUAAACUGCUGUUGCACGAAGUAGAACUACGUUUUGGAGUAAACUUGGAACGGAACCUAAUGAGUGGCCUAUCCAGAAUGGUAGAUCCUAUUUUCAGACUUUCUAGUGGGCAUCUUCUAACUACUGUGAUGUCCUACAUUGAAGAUGCUUCAGAUAAGACACAGGAAAAUGGACUGAGAAUGAAUGCUGCAUUGUUGCUGUUGCCAGCUUUGUUUCGAGAGAGGGAAAAUCUGUUGUUUGUUGUUGACCAAGUACCACCAUCACCUACGCCAACUAUCGUUUUCAAGGGAACAACAAGCCCAUUGGCAGCAGAUGACAUCUCUGUUUGUGUUGAUGGAAUUGAGAUACUCAGUGAUUAUCCAGGAAUGGAUAUCACCCUUGCUGUUGAAUGUAUUUUUUCUCUUUAUUUUUCCUUGGGCAUUGAGUAUCCUAAAGCUCUAAAAAAUUUUCUGACUUUCAUGGAAAGGUACUUCAUGAAGCUGAGUACCUCUGACAAAGUACCUUUGCCAGUGUUAAAGAUGUACAGUCAAAUAACUGCACUUUUACUUGGGGAAUAAUUAUAUUGAUCUGAUGGAAUGCCAUUUUAACAUUUAAUCUGAAAUUAAAUGAAUUUAUUGUGUCAACUAUUUAAUUUGAUUACAAAAACAGAAUGUUUGAUAUAAAAAUGUAAUUGUACAUAUCAAAAAAAGUAUUUAUUUUAAAUGUAAAUGG